CUUCAUUUUUUUCUUCCCUCCCUCCCAGCCUCUCUCUCUCGCUGCCUCUCUCUCCCCCUCGAGCUCCCGGCUGCCCGCGGCUCCCUGGCGCUCUUCCUCUCUUCCGUAGGCUCCCCCGAGCGAUGCGAGCCCUGGGAGACAGCGACACCGCCCCCCGCUAGAGACCUGCCCCCCGGGCCGGCCCCCUGCCCAGCCCUGCCCAGCGCGCGGGGGUCGGUGAAGGCGCCACGGACGCACCGACGGCUGAGGACCGGCGAUGCACAUGCACUAGCAGCACCCCCUAACUCACUCCCUCCACACCCCGCGCCGCCGCCUCCUCCUCCUCCUCCGGCAGCAGCAGCAGAAGGAGCCACCCUGCCCCCCACCCCACCCUCCGCCGGCUCCCGUGCGGCUCCUGCCUCAACUAUUAUUUUAUUUUGGGUCGUGCACAAGCCUCAGUGCCUGCAGCCCGCGCCUCCUCGGACCGCGGGCGCCUCCUGCCUCGGCUCCGGAGCCCCAGCCCCGGCCACCCUCGCCUCGACACCCCCAGAACCCCGCCAGCUUCCGCGAGUCUCGGCUGCUAGAAUCUUGUUAGCGGCUGUCUUUUUCGGGGGUUCUGGUUUCCCGACAUUUUUGUUUUCAGCCAAGGGGAGGAUAUCGUGAUUUUUUUUCCCCCUUUGAGCCCAGGCUCUGCUCUCUGGGGGGGUGGGGGGCGCGCCGAGCCGGGGAGCCGUGCCAGCCUAGUCGUGCGGGCUGUGGCAGGGAAGGGGCCACCAUGGGAUGUACUCUGAGCGCAGAGGAGAGAGCCGCCCUCGAGCGGAGCAAGGCGAUUGAGAAAAACCUCAAAGAGGAUGGCAUCAGCGCCGCCAAAGACGUGAAAUUACUCCUGCUGGGGGCUGGAGAAUCAGGAAAAAGCACCAUUGUGAAGCAGAUGAAGAUUAUCCAUGAAGAUGGCUUCUCUGGAGAAGAUGUGAAACAGUACAAGCCCGUUGUCUACAGCAACACUAUCCAGUCCCUGGCAGCCAUCGUCCGGGCCAUGGACACUUUGGGCAUCGAAUAUGGUGACAAGGAGAGAAAGGCCGAUGCCAAGAUGGUGUGUGACGUGGUGAGUCGGAUGGAAGACACCGAGCCCUUCUCCCCAGAACUGCUUUCUGCCAUGAUGCGACUCUGGGGUGACUCAGGAAUCCAGGAGUGCUUCAACCGGUCCCGGGAGUAUCAGCUCAACGAUUCUGCCAAAUACUACCUGGACAGCCUGGAUCGGAUCGGAGCCACCGACUACCAGCCCACUGAGCAGGACAUCCUUCGAACCAGGGUCAAAACUACCGGCAUCGUAGAAACCCACUUCACAUUCAAGAACCUCCACUUCAGGCUGUUCGACGUCGGGGGCCAACGAUCAGAACGCAAGAAGUGGAUCCACUGCUUCGAGGACGUCACGGCCAUCAUCUUCUGCGUCGCGCUCAGCGGCUAUGACCAGGUGCUCCAUGAAGACGAGACCACGAACCGCAUGCACGAGUCCCUGAAGCUGUUUGACAGCAUCUGCAACAACAAGUGGUUCACAGACACGUCCAUCAUCCUGUUUCUUAACAAGAAGGACAUAUUCGAGGAGAAGAUCAAGAAGUCCCCGCUGACCAUCUGCUUUCCCGAAUACACAGGCCCCAGCGCCUUCGCGGAAGCCGUGGCUUACAUCCAGGCCCAGUAUGAAAGCAAGAACAAGUCCGCCCACAAGGAGAUCUAUACCCACGUCACCUGUGCCACCGACACCAACAACAUCCAGUUUGUGUUUGACGCCGUGACGGACGUCAUCAUUGCCAAAAACCUCCGGGGCUGUGGCCUCUACUGAGCCCCGGCCUCGCUCCCAGUUGCCCACCACCCUACUGCCCACCCGGCCUACUGCCCCUCACCCCCUGGGACCUGAGCUCCAGCACCUCUCAGACCACUCUCUGCACUUAGCAAAGAAGCACCGCAGCUGGCACCAAGGGGGCAGGAGGGGAAGGCUCCAUGGCCGCCCCACCCCCAGACCUCAGAGCGUGUGGUAACACGGGCUGGGCUGGGUGCUGCAUCCCUGCCCCACGCCCGAGACGGGCCACGCGCUGCCUGCCUACCACUCAUUGGUCUCUGCUCCUUCUUGGAGUGUUUUACCCCAGGGAGAGGGGUGUGGGGGCCCAAGCCGCCAUUUGGACGGCGAGGCCCUACAUUUGGUGACACAUACUUGAAGUCCCAGGGUCUUCUCCUGUCUUCUGGGGUUGUUUAGGUGGUGGGGGUGGCCUUGGGGCAGGGUGCUGGCAGGGGUGGGGGCAGUGGCAGCCACUGCUCAGCUUUUCCUGGGUUCUCUCUGGUCGGGGGCAGCUCCGUCACCAAAAGGCAGGGUGGGACCAGGCCAAGUGCGCGUGGGACCGAGGGCUCGGGCCUUGGCAAACGCCUCCUUCCUGCCUCCCCUUGGAUCUCAGCCCCCUUUUCUGGGCCAUCCUUCCUUGCACACCCUUGGGGCUCCCCAUGUCCUCCUGGGGAACCCCCAUUCGUGACGCCUUACAGGUCUGUAAAUGCUUUUGAAACUGACGUAUUACAAAGGGAUGUGGUUGAUGGUGGGAGGGCUCGAGUCCCGCGAUGCCUGGACGGAGGUGGAGGCAGCGGAGAGGGGGGCUGAGGGACAGUGGCUCCUGCGUUGGCUGCGACGGGGCCUCACGCGCAAUCCUUGCAGGGCCAAAGGUGACCCAUGUACCUUCUCCCAUCACCCAGGUGUCAGGCAGCUGCUCCAGAUAUGAGUAGACAUGCUUUUCCUUCUCAAAUUCACAGUAAAUCCAACUCAAACGGCAAGGGCAGGCGGGCCUUGGCACUGGGUGGGGUUCUGCAGUGGGGGAGGCCCAAGGGGGUUAUGGACACGGCCCCUGAAGCUAACACCCCAGCUUCCUUUUUUCUCUGUGAAGAAACCAGAGAGUUUGUCCACAGGCCUUGGUGUCCUGCCAGCCCUCGGGGGCAGAGGAAGGCAGAUGGAUGGGGCCACCACCCUGAAGUGUGCGCUACCAGGGGCCAUAUCCCAGGCCCCCCCCCCUCCUCUGGAAAGAGAUUCCUAGGACCCUUUGAAGGGGAUUUGUUGCGGAGAUCCCUGAGCAGAAAGGCAUGGGGUGACUUCUGGUGACCCAGGCCCAGGCUGGCGUCAGGCAAUCAGCACUCCUCAUUCUCACUCUUAGGCACCUCCGGUUGGCUGAUGCCACCAGCCGACAGACACCACAGGCAGACCCUGUGUGCUGUGUGGCAGGCUCUGCCUAGGGAGCCAGAUGUGCCCAUGGAGGAGAGGGGCUGCCCCUUGAGAGGUCUCUGGCCCCCUCUUCAAGCCCCCUGCUCUUCCAGCCUCCACUCCAGGCUCUGCUCAGUCCCAGGGCGAGGCAAGACCCCAGGGCUCCCAGUCCUUUCCCCUGACUGCCCUAGAGCCAGCAAGGACCCCACCAUGCCAAUAGCUCUGGGCUUCCUUGUUCCAACAGGCCCAGAGCUCUGGGUGGUGCAUGGGAGACCCAUGGCACCGGCGCUCGUGCCAAAUGCCUGCAGGGAUGGGUUCCGCUGGGUGAAUGAGCCCUUCCCUGGCCUGGCUCUCUUGCUGCUGCCCCAGCCUUACGGGAAAUCACAAGGCAGCCAGGCUGCAGGAGCCACCCCGCCAGCCCAAUUCUACUUGGUUUCAUUCACCUUGUGCGUUGCACCUGGUCCCGUUUGCUGGGUUGUGGCCCCUGGAGCCAGCAGUCUCAAUGUCCUGUCACGGGCAGCCAGGGCCAGUUAAGCCAUUUGCCCAACAUUGAAGACAUAGCAGUUGUUUCCUGAUAUCACCACCCUGGGAGUGGCCAGCUGUGCCCCUAACUCUGUCCUGUGACUCCAGACUCAGAAACAGCUGACAAGAAGGGAGAAUGCUGGCCCAGCUCACCUCCAAGGACAGCGUCCAGGCCCACGACGCUCCAGUGCCCACAGCAGCCCGAGCGCCAGGCAGGAGUCAGGCGCCCCCGCCCCGCCCCAGCUGCAGCAUUGGGAGGCUGGGGGAGCAGGGUGCCUGGGGCCUUCCUGCCCUUGAGUCCCCUGGGCUGCCUUCUCUCUCCCAGACACUCUGCCCUGCUCUGGCCCGCCCGCCGGCAUGUUGAGAGGGUCCUUGGCUGUCUGAUGGAAUCCCUCGAGGAGAGGGUACCCAGGGUGUAAUUCCUUUGCUGUCCACUGCGUCGCCCAUGCGUGGCGUCACCGGCGGCUCCACCAUGGGGAGGAAUGUCUGGGGGUGACAGACGAGUUUUGGCUCCGUCGUGGGUAUGGGCGUUGGGGGCAGAUGUUGUACGUGAACAGACAUGGGUGGGUCUCCAGCACAGUGCUAGGGGCCGUGCGUGAACUCUCUGACCGGCUCUCAUUCAGCAGGCCAAGGGGAAGAUGGUUUCUAGGAGGGGCGCCUUUGCCACACCCGUGAACACUGUGCCUGCCAUCCCGAGCUUGCAGGCAAGUUCCGUGCCCUGCACCAAAUCCCUCCACAAGAGCCAGGUCUCAGCCUUCACACAGAGAGCGGAGAGAGGUCCCCAUUGCUCUCUGGCCUGACUGGAGGGGACGGUACACGAGGCCCAAGGAGGCGCUCUGUUGAGCCUGUGGACUCUGGCCCUGCCCCCUCCCUGAGCAGAGAGCCCAGCUUCGACACUCGGGGUUCCAUGGCCACCUCCCAUGGAGGCCUUAUAUGCCCAGUGCUCUGGCCCUUCCUCUUCCCUCUGGCCCCAGCAGAGCCCAGGCAGAGGGCCAGCACCAUAGCUGGUGCCAGCGGGCACCUCUGCCUCCCAGCCCAGCUCCACGCCCCACUGGUGGCAACUGGAGAGACAACUGCGCUGGGGCAUCAGUGAGUCUCCCCUGAGGUAGGCCCCAGCCGCAGGUGCCCUCCCCACCCAGAGCCCCAUAACCAGGCUGUCUGGGAGCCCAAACAGGGAAGGCGUAGGACUCGUCUCACCCAAGCCCUUCCCUUCUGCCAAGAUGAGACCUACCAGGGAAGCUUGCUUACCUCACAGCUCCCCCUACCACAGUCCCAGUUUAUACCCAGUGGCUACUUCUGCCCCACCCCACCCCGCUUUUCCCUUGGUCUGACCCCAUGCACUCUUCAGCCAUCUUGGUAGGUAAAGCCAUCACAACCCAGGCCUCAGUCUCUUUCCUCUGCCUGCCCAGCCCCCUCUGAGAAGCCUCUUCAGCUGCUUCUGCUCUUCUCUGAGCCUCUGGAAGCCUCUCGGCGCCACCUGGCAGUUCUCAGGAACUGUGGCCUGAGCUCCGGCUGUGGCUACUAGAGAUUCAACUGGGGUGCCAAAGGCAAGCGCCCCCAGACAGUUUCCCCUGUGGGCCACAAGCCUACAGAGUGAAGGGUUCCAGAAGCCCAGGGCAGAGAGACUGGACACAACAGCCAGACCAGGGAACAGGGCCAAAGUGUGGGCUGCUGCCGUGUAUUGGUGGUCAGGCUCCCCACCCCCCCGCCAGUGAGGCGACUCCAGAACCUCCAUGCCCAGGAAGCAGAGCAGGGCCUUCCCUCUGGGGCCUCUGGGCCUCCAGACAGACCACACCCCAGCCAGCCAGAUGAAGGCCCCUGUCAAGGGAGGGACAGGUCAAGGCAGAAGCAGAAAGAAGGACCCCCCAAUUUCUGCUGCCUCCCUGCAGUCAUGCCCUUCCAUCCACUUCUCUCUGCCCCUCUUGGUUCGGCCCCAGCCCCUAGCUGGGCCCCCAUUGCACAUGUCCUCUAACCCCCAGACCCCCUCCCGGUUCUGCUGCUGCCACUCUUCUCCCCUCCCCCAGACAGGGAUGGGUCCCCCCGCCCUCCUUAGCAAACCUAUCUUAGGUGCAGUAGUCCCACCUCCCAACCCUACCACCACCAACCCCCCCUUAUUAACUGUAAUUUUGUAAGUAGAGUGACUUGUUGGUUUAAUAAAUCUCUAGUUAUUGUAAUAAUUUAUUGGCUGCCGUAAUGUAUUUAUUAGUCACCCAUCGUUAAUAAAAAGUGCCAGCUUUUUC